CCAAUGAUGAGACUCCUGUUGCAACAAGGUGUGGACGUCAAUGCCCGAGAUAUCUGGGGCAAGACGCCCCUAGCAGAGGCGGUUCUCUUGGAAUGUCCGAUAUCAACGGCCCUGCUUCUGGAAAAUGGCGCAGACCCUAACAUCGCGGAUCGAAAUGGCGAAUCACCACUGAAGGUGUCUGUAUCUGCCCAUUCUAGAGGUAUAGCACAACUACUUCUGGAAAAUGGGGCCAAUCAGAUU